CCCUGGCUCUGUCUAUGAGAAUCAGUGACAGCCAGUGACUGUUCUCUGACUUCCAGCCUUAAACCACGUGCAUGUCAACCUCUUGAAAUGGGAUGGACUGUGUUUUAUUGUGCCUUCACAGCAAGGCACGCCGAUUGGCAUUCAUGACGGAAUCCUGGAAAACAUUUAAUAAUAUAACAGGCUACUAACAAGGACAUCUGGCUGUAGGCUACUAAAGGCCACUGCAAGACUUAGAAAGAACGGACAAGAACAGGUCUCAGGACUACAAUGAACAUUCAGUCUGCUAUCAACAAAGAGGUCUUCAUCCCUCGCGAUGAGCGGCUGUUGGUGACUGUGGAGGUGCGUAGGAGGAAAAGGAAGAGAAUGUCUUUCCUGCCUACUGGAGCCCAAGGAGACUACGCCACAUUCAUCUGUGUUUCAGUGACCAACACAAGACCACAUCAGCUCCUCAUUAUAAAGGUGAAGCAGUUUGGUGGCUCCUCCUCCUUCACCAGAAGGUCCCAGUGGAGGGUGGAGCAGCUCCGACAGGUCAACGGCAUCAACCCCAACAAGGACAGCCCAGAGUUCGACCUGGUGUUUGACAAUGCUGUGGACCAGUGGGUAACCAGCUCAUCAGCAGAGAAGUGUAUCUUUGUCCAAGUCCUGUACCACGCCUGCCAGACCUACUGGGAGGGGAAAGCAGGACGUCUGGGCAAGACGGGCCACCAAAGGGGAGCAAGUCAGUGCGCUCACAGCAAGUUCGGAUGUGGUCCCAGUGACUCCUCACCAGACUCUGCAAUUAGAACCCUGCAGGCCCGACGGAAGAGCUACGUUCCUCCAAGACAGACAGAGUUCAUCAACUGCCAAUCCAAACUAACAGGAGAUGCCUGCACCAUGAAUCUGGUCAUCUACCGCUGCAAAGCCUUCUUGAAUCGUAUGAAGAAUAUGAUGGUUGCAAACCAAAGUCGAUCACCCGCUCAAGGUCAGCCAGGGCAGGGUGUCACAUGGAGCCCUAUGGGUAAUGUAGUCCACAGGUUGAAUGUGGUUCUGGGGCAGCGUGGAGAGAGACUGACUCGUGCUGAGGACAAGACUGCGGAACUGAUGCACAAAACCCAGCAGUUUGCAGACACUGUUCACAAGAUGGCCCUGAAGCAUUCAAAGUAGAGUCUGUUGGUGGAUGAAUGGAGUUCUUCAGAUGUUGAAGAUGAAUCCUGUAACAUGGACACUAACACAGUCUGGGCCCAGCAGAUACAGCCAACUCGUCAUGAACAUAUAUAACUGAGUGCAGCAGAGGACUAAAUACUCUGUCCUUGUGAUCUUAAUCUUUCAAAGUUCAGUUCACCUGUCCAUUAUGAGAAAAAAACUGGACUUGUACAUUUAAGCUGCAGUUAUUUAACAUUGUUUUUGUAUAAUUAGUCAUUGAAUUGUUUUGACCUAUCACUUAUUAUAUUGUUUGAAUAGAUAGGGGCUGUGUGACAGGAAGUAUUUUUUUCCGGUAAUGUCUCCUCAUGGUUUGGACUUCAUUGGAUUUAAUUAUUAUUUAGUUACUCACCACUUGUCAUAAUUCUGUGUUCCUAAUGUGUUUUUGUAGUGUGUAGACAGUACAGUGUCAUGUUGUCAAAAUUGUGUUAUAUCUAGGAUUAUAUCAAUGAGUCCUGAACAGUCAACCUGUCACUUCUGGUCUGUGUCUUCUUGGUCUGUGUCUUCUGGUCCGUGUCUUUUUGGUCUGUGUCUUCUGGUCCGUGUCUUUUUGGUCUGCGUCUUCUGGUCCGUGUCUUUUGGUCCGUGUCUUUUGGUCCAUUUUUUAAGUUUGUCUUAGAGGUCCUGUCUUUGAGAGUUGAGUGAAGGUGGUUCAGGUAAAUUGAGAUUUUUUUCAUUGAAUAGUAUUGUGAGCAAGGCAAAUGAAGCUGGUCUGUGUAAAAAAAAGUCAGAGUGACAGUUGAAACCCUCCAGGUUUGCAUCACUCCUUUCCAUACAUAGCUGUAAUGCUGAUUGAAACAGUGGAUGUAGUAUUUGUUUUUUUAAGCGUGAUCUAAUUUCCACUUGGAGUACUUUGAUAUAUUAAGGGAAGUAAUUAUAAUCAAGCUUAGCUUUUGGCUACAGUUUAAUGUGUGUGAUGUACUGUAAAUGUCUCUGAUGUAUUAACUGAGUGAACUAAAUAAAUAAGCCUGGACCUGA